AUGUCCCUACCCCGAUCAUAUAGCAUGGCUCUUCGCAGGUCGCUUCACCAGGUUUCAGCUCAAGCCUAUCGCAAACCGAAUAACUUCCAAGGGACAGUCCGCAGGUUUUAUUCAGAACAAAAACAGCACAAGAAGGAGUCCUUUACUGUCUGGCGCCCUUACCUACGAUUGGCCGUCGGUGUCCCAUUCGUUGGGGCUCUCAUUUACUCCAUGAUGACAGGCGAAGUGACCGAUCUUGACUCUCCAUCAAUUGUGGAAAUUGACGAGACCCUGAAGAAGCAAGCCACCAUUAGCGAGACCUCACCAAUGCGGUUGCGCAUGGAAAAGCUGAUUAAAGAUCAUCAACAGAAAAUUGCGGAAGAGCUUAGCCGGAUAGAUGGGAAGCAAUUCAAAGCAGACAGCUGGACUCGGCCAAAUGGAGGCGGUGGUAUAUCCUGCAUCCUGCAGGAUGGAAAUGUCUUCGAAAAAGCUGGAGUCAAUGUCUCUGUCGUUUACGGACAGCUACCCCGCGCAGCGAUCGAGAAGAUGCGCGCAGACCACAAGUCCUUUGUGGGUACUGACGUGGACUCUUUGGACUUCUUUGCUGCUGGACUGUCUCUGGUUGUGCACCCUCAUAAUCCCAUGGCGCCAACAGUUCACUUCAACUACCGCUACUUUGAGACAUCGGACCCGAAAGAUCCUAUAAACGGCGACAAGAACUGGUGGUUUGGCGGCGGCUCAGAUCUCACACCAAGCUACCUCUUCCCGGAGGACGCCAAACACUUCCAUCAAACUAUCAAGGACGCCUGUGACCGACACGAUGCGACCUAUUACCCCAAGUUCAAAGAAUGGUGCGACAAGUACUUCUACAUCCCCCACCGCCGGGAAUGCCGCGGUGUAGGCGGCAUAUUCUUCGACGAUCUCGACGCCAACUUUCUCGAGAGCACCUCUCACUCAUCACAAAACCCACAGGAGACCCUCUUCUCAUUUGUUUCCGACGGUCUCGCCUCAUUCCUCCCGUCUUACGUCCCGAUCAUCGAACGCCGCAAGGAUAUGCCCUUCACCGAAGCUCAGAAGCAAUGGCAGCAACUCAGACGCGGUCGCUACGUCGAAUUUAAUCUCGUAUACGACCGCGGUACAAGCUUCGGGCUAAGAACCCCUAGUGCCCGCAUCGAAAGCAUCCUCAUGAGUCUCCCGCGGACCGCAUCCUGGGCCUACAUGGAUCCCGUUUCGGGCACCCGGACCGAAACGCAGGUGGAGGAUGAGGAGCCACUCGGUGAGGACAAGGCCGCUGAGAAGGAGAUAAUGGACGUCUUAAGACAUCCCCGCCAGUGGGUUUAA